AUGGGACAGGCUUCUCUGGUCUUCGUUGCAUUUCUUAUCUCCUUCGCCUUAACGGUCGAUGUUAGAAUCACUGGGGUUUACCCUGGGGAUCCUUGUCAGAGUGCUCAUGCUACCUUCUGUGGAGGAACUGAUGCCUCUGGCACUACGGGUGGAGCUUGUGGACACGGUAACAUAUACAUCCACGGGUACGGCGGCAACACGGUGGCGCUGAGCACGGCACUAUUCGACUUUGGGCUGAGCUGUGGAGCGUGCUUCGAGAUAAAGUGCGCAAAUGACCGGCAAUGGUGUCACUCUGGGAGCCUAUCCAUCUUCGUGGAGGCCACUAACUUCCGCUACCCUCUUCCGGGCGACAGUAGCGGCAAGCCACCCUCAGCUGAAACAGGCGUCAAAACGGGCACUCAAACGCAGUAUUGGUGGGGACAGUCAUGGUCGUUUACUGUCACGGGCAAUGACGAUGAGGUCGUGCACUGGCAGUUCAGUCAAACUUUCACUGCCCGGACCUUCCAGGUUUGA